UCUGGCAAUAAUUUGAACGCGUGGAGUGAAACGUCAGCCACGUACUUUGAAAAGUUGUCAAAAAUUGUACAUUUCACUUCUCUCGGCGCCUUUACUUUCAUAAAAAUCUUCAUUUAAUUGUAUUAACGUAAGUGUUUUCUAAGUGCAAUGGCUUCAAAACUGUUAGCGCUGGUCCUAAUCAUCGCCGCUGCUGCGACAGCGGACGAAGAAUCUCCAGUUGCAAGACUAUUAGUAUCGAAACAAGUGCUAAACAAAUACUUAGUGGAAAACAUGGAUAUUUUGAUUAAAUACACAUUAUACAACGUUGGGACGGCGCCAGCUGUGAACGUGAACCUUGUAGACAAUGGUUUCCACCCGGAAGCGUUCACUGUUGUUGGUGGACAGCUCUCUGCUGAAAUCGACAGGAUACCUCCACAAACGAAUGUGUCUCACGUAGUUACCGUUAGAUCGAAUAAAUAUGGGUACUUCAACUUCACGGCAGCUGAAGUGACAUACAAAUCCAGUGAAGAUGCUACUGAGGUCCAAUACUCAAUUAGCAGUGCCCCAGGUGAAGGCACAAUUGUUGCAUUCAAGGACUAUGAUCGCAAGUUCUCAUCUCACAUCCUUGACUGGGCAGCUUUUGCGGUCAUGACCCUGCCUUCCCUUGCAAUACCGUUUGGCCUCUGGUAUUCAUCCAAGAGUAAAUACGAAAAACUCUCAAAACCCAAAAAGACUCACUAGGUUUAGGUUUUAAGUUAGAUUAAAUUAAAUAGAAUUGUUAUUGCUAAUGUUUUUUUUUUUUAAUUAAAGAUGUGGUUGUUUAAUUUGUUAAUAUAGUAACUUUGAUUUAAUGUGCAUAACAUAAAAAUAUGUUUUAACACCUGAAAUUAAAAGCUGGACUCUCAAGAAUGCCCAGCUCUCACAGACCAAUCUCUAAAGCAUGUCUUCCAUUCUUUGUAUCAGCAAAGUAAAUUGAACCUAGUUGGUACAAUUGUGAGCCUAAAAGUUAAAUCAUUUUGACCAUAUAAUAUAAUUGAAUAAUUUUAGUUUUAUUGCCUUUUUGAAUUUAAAAACUCUUUGUUAUAAGCAAUUUUUAGUUUAAAAAAUACUUUACAAUGUGACAAGUGGGUCAGACGAAUCGAAAUUCAGCAUGAAUCCAAGGUUUAUGGGAUUGAAAGCAAACAGAAUUGAAAACUUACACACUGAGUCUUAUCCAUACAUCAACCUCUGUUUUUAUUCUAAGGUGUUGACAUAUAGCACACACAACAGACGGAAAUGUUUAAGUGCAGAAACCAGCCCAGAGAGAAUAUAGCUGGAUUGCAAGCAUGUUUGUCCAUCUGUGGAUUCCUGCUAUAUCUGACCGUAGCCUUAAAGGUCUUUAAAUGCAGGAUUUUUUAUGACAAGACUCACACAAUAAAGUACAAAUCUGACAAAGUAUCACAUUCACAUAAUCAUGUUUUCGGUUUUAGUGAAAUAGUUUAUUAACAAGUGUCUUCAAUUUACAUGUACAAAAUGGAAUGCAUUAGGAUUGUAUUGGCUUGUGAACUUCAUGAAAGGUGCAUACUGCAUAGCUAUUAUUGUAUUCAAAGUUCAAACCCUUAUAGACACAGUUGACAAUUCGGUGCCUAUUAACUUUUACUUACAACUUUGUUCAACAUUAUUAAAGUGAGUGAAGUUAGCAGGAGAUAUGUAUAUAUAUGUUAAACGGUACCUAUUAGAAUUCAAAUAGGUAAUAUAUAGAAGUAAUUAUUGAGUGCAGCAAGAAACAUUAGCAAUAAUGCUUAUUGAUUCAUUAGUUACGAUCAUUCACAUCAUUAUUUGUUAAUAAUUUAUAAAUGAACAAUAAAAGAUUUUCUAAUUUA